AUGGACAACAUCGACGAGGGAUAUUACCGGCUCGUUGAACUCCUUCAGGACUGCACGAGGAAGGCUGAAAGUUUUAAAAACAACAGUAGACGCAUGUCUCUUGAAACUAUUGAGCUGAUGCGCCUGCGUGGAGCAGCACGAGCCGCAGGGAACCAAGAACUCACGUCCGAGCUCGCAUGGCUUUGCAGAGAGGCGAUGAAGGAAGGCCUCAAGGAGAGAAGAGUAGAAGUGCUGGCUGGAGGUGCAGAGGCGGGGAAAAGCAUCCGCUAUGCCCGUCGAGACUUCGCCAGUCGCAAGACUAGGAUGACCGCUCUCCGGAAUCCGAAGGGAACAACCAUUGCAUCGAGAAGGGGGAUGGAGAAAAUCAUCUACGACUUCUUCUCUGAUCUCUUCGACAGCCAUGUCCACUUGCCUCUUCACCAUCUGAGGGAAGACGGACAUGUCAUUCCAGAGGUUCUCCCGUCCAAAUGA